AGUACUCCGGAAGGGGUUGGGCGGAGCGGCCUCUUGCUUCUCGGCCAGUUAGAGUCCUGUCUUCCCGGCUGCCCUGGGGAGAAGUACCUGCGCUCCCCUCAGUUCCAAGGAAGCGGGGCCUGGGUCACCAUAGGAUAGUCAGUGGAACCUCAGUUUUCCGUCUGUACUGUGGAAGAGCAUGGAUUUCGGAGACAACCUGAGCCAAGUUAAGGAAAUGCUUAGGUUGGUGCAGGUAAAGGACUUUCAGAAAGAGCGAGCAUCCCAGCAUGGAGGCUGGUUACAGACGGCCUGCGACUGGACCUUGGGGCGCGGCUGGGCCUGGUGCUGAGGCAGGGGGACGACCCAUAUGACCUUCGUUUCCUUUCUGGACGAGUGAGAGAGAGAGAGAGCCGGGCUGCGCGGCACAGAGGACCCAGGACCGGUGCGUGGCCCUGUGACGCGAGACGCUCUGGUAAUUCUGAGUCCGGCCAGCAGAGGGAGGCGGAGAGCCUCGUGGCCCCAGAUGGCUCCGCUUCUAAGCCCCGCGCCCGCCCUCCCUGGACAUUCCCAUUUGGCCUCGCUUCCUGGGGCAGGAGUCGACAUAUCUCGUGUCCCUUUGCUUUGAAAAAGGCUUCUCCUCCUCUCUCUGGCUGGGCUUCCUGGGUCAAAGCGUGGAGUGAGGGGGAGUGUCAGCUUCAACCCUAAGUCUAUGAGCCCUAGCUGAGCCCAUCUCGUGGGCCUCGGUAACCUGGAUGGGAUCUACCGGACACUCCAAUUCUAGCAGCUCUCCAAGUUACGCGCUCCGACACCUGAAGGGAUAGCAGCGAGCGCGGGAGCCCCGACAGGCGGUGGCGGAGUGGGACGGUCAGUCCAGCGGUGGCCUCCUCAUGGCCCCACCGUGAAAGGCUGGACCCAGCGACUGGGAGCCGGAGCGGUCAAGUUGGGUCCCAAAAGCAGCCAGCACGGGGUAGAAGCCGUGGCUGCCAUGGAUGAGGAUAAGCUUCUAUCUGCACUGCCUGGGGAAGAUGGUGCCACCUGCGACCCCAGCCUGGAGCCUGAGGAGGAGCCUGGGGUCCAGAAUGGAAUGGCAUCCAGUGAGGACCUGAACAGUGGCCACACCAGCCCAGGGCAUGAGAUGAGGGGCACCCUGGUGGUGCACACUGAGGGGCAUACCAAGGGCCUGGACAUGGCCCUGCACGGCCUCAGCCUUGGCCUCUCCCUUACCAAUGGCCUAGCCCUGGGGCCAGACUCAAACAUUCUGGAAGACUCUACAGAGUCCAGGCCCUGGAGGGCUGGUGGGCUGGCGGAGGGGGACGAUGCCUCCAGGAGCCUCUGUCCAGACACUGAGGAUCCUCCACUGGGGCCAGGAGAACCAGAUGUGCGGGACGGCUUCAGCGCCACAUUUGAGAAGAUUGUGGAGUCGGAGCUGCUGCGGAGCACACAGUACAGCAGCCUGGACUCCCUCGAUGUGCUGAGCCUCACGGAUGAGAGCGACAGCUGCGUCAGCUUCGAGGCCCCCCUCACGCCCCUCAUCCAGCAGCGGGCCCGGGAUAGCCCUGAGCCAGGGGCUGGCUUGGGCACUGGGGACAUGGGGUCCGAGGGGAACAUGGGGGCAGCUGGCGGUGAUGGGGAGCUGGGCAGCCCCCUGCGGCGCUCCAUCUCCGGCAGCCGCUCCGAGAAUGUCCUGAGCCGCCUGUCUCUCACGGCCGUGCCCAAUGGCUUCCAUGAAGAUGGACCCCCGGGCCCAGGCGGGGAUGAGGAAGACGAGGAGGAAGACAUGGACAAGUUGCUGAGCUCGGCCAGCGACCCCAGCCUGAAGGACGGCCUGUCAGACUCAGACUCAGAGCUGAGCAGCUCGGAGGGGCUGGAGCCUGGCAGCGCAGACCCACUGGCCAACGGGGGCCAGGGCGUGAGUGAAGCUGCCCGCCGGCUGGCACGCCGCCUCUACCACCUGGAGGGCUUCCAGCGUUGCGAUGUUGCCCGGCAGCUGGGCAAGAACAACGAGUUCAGCAGGCUGGUGGCCGGGGAGUACCUCAGCUUCUUUGACUUCUCGGGCCUGACUCUGGACCGAGCACUCAGAACCUUCCUGAAGGCCUUUCCGCUGAUGGGGGAGACACAGGAGCGUGAGCGGGUCCUUACGCACUUCUCCCGCCGGUACUGCCAGUGCAACCCUGACGACAGCACUUCGGAAGAUGGGAUCCACACGCUCACCUGUGCCCUGAUGCUUCUCAACACGGACCUGCACGGACAUGUGAACAUUGGCAAGAAGAUGUCCUGCCAGCAGUUCAUUGCCAACUUGGACCAGCUGAAUGACGGACAAGACUUUGCCAAAGACCUGCUGAAGACCCUUUACAACUCCAUCAAGAAUGAAAAGCUGGAAUGGGCCAUUGAUGAAGAUGAGCUGAGGAAAUCACUGUCUGAGCUGGUGGAUGACAAGUUUGGGACAGGCACAAAGAAGGUGACACGGAUCCUGGAUGGUAGCAACCCCUUCCUGGAUGUCCCACAGGCUCUCAGCGCCACCACCUACAAGCAUGGUGUGCUGACCCGGAAGACUCACGCCGACAUGGAUGGCAAGAGGACGCCCCGUGGGAGGCGUGGCUGGAAGAAAUUCUACGCGGUGCUCAAAGGGACCAUUCUGUACCUGCAGAAGGAUGAGUACAGGCCUGACAAAGCCCUGUCUGAGGGCGACUUGAAGAACGCCAUUCGUGUGCACCAUGCUCUGGCCACCAGGGCCUCCGACUACAGCAAGAAGUCCAAUGUGCUGAAGCUGAAGACAGCCGACUGGAGGGUCUUCCUCUUCCAGGCACCGAGCAAGGAAGAGAUGCUGUCCUGGAUCCUUAGAAUCAACCUGGUGGCUGCCAUCUUCUCGGCGCCCGCCUUCCCAGCUGCUGUCAGCUCCAUGAAGAAGUUCUGUCGGCCCCUGCUGCCCUCCUGCACCACUCGCUUCUGCCAGGAGGAGCAGCUGCGUUCUCAUGAGAAUAAAUUGAGGCAGGUGACUGCAGAGCUGGCUGAGCACAGGUGUCACCCGGUCGAGCGGGGCAUCAAGUCCAAGGAGGCUGAGGAGAACCGGCUGAAGGAGCAUUAUCUCACGUUUGAGAAAAGCCGUUAUGAGACCUACAUCCACCUCCUGGCUGUGAAAAUCAAGGUGGGCUCAGAUGAUCUGGAGCGGAUUGAGGCCCGGCUGGCCAUCCUGGAGGGGGAUGACCCUUCUCUCCGCAAGACACACUCGAGCCCUGCCCUCAGCCAGGGCCAUGGAACUGUGACUGGCAGCAAAGCCACGAGGGAUAACACUGGGCCUGAUACUUAGCUGGCAUGGAUGGGCAGGUCCCAGAGGCAGGCAAUGCCCCCAGAGGGGUCAGUGAGCACAAUUCCAGCCAGGGGCCACUCGGAGCAGCUCCAGGCAGUUGUUGGGCAGCCAGGGGAGUGUGGAGAGCCCUGUGGGCCAAGGAGAUGGAGAUGCUAUUCAUGGUGUCGAUCUGGCAUCCUGGGGCUGCUCUGGGCCUCCGACCCUCUCCCCAGCUCUCACAUCCCUCUUCACCCCAGAGCCUCAUUUUCUAGGCCAGUUGUGUGCAUGCUCUAGACACCAUCUCAAGAAGUGGGAAGGGUGGUUGACUUCUCAGGCUCUCCUCUUCUCACAAGUUCCUCCCUUCAUCUCCCUUGUUUCCGAGGGCAGGUCUUGACCCCAGGUCUCAGCUUGGACUCCCACCCUUUCUCCUCCUCCUUCCUCUGAGUUGACCAGCAGCAGGUCUGCAGACCACCAGCACUAUCCUCUCCUCCUCCACUCAGCAGCCUUGGGAACCACACCCCAUUCUCCUGCCUCACCUGGCAAUAACCCAGGACCCAGGCCUGUCCCUCAGUGCCAAGCUCUCUCCACUCAAGUGUGUGUCCACCUCAUCUUCCAUCCAUCGAGGCCACUACUGCUUUCUUUUAUAUGGACAUAAAUGUAUAUAUAUAAGAAUUAUAUAUAUAUAUAUAAGGAACCCCUUUAGAGAUGGUUUUGGAACUGAUAUCAGUUAGAGGAUGAAAUAAGAGGUAGGAAAAGCCUAUUUCAGAAUGCACUUGUUAGCAAGGAGGGCUGCUCUCUGGCCCCUGGAGGCCCUGACACUCUGGGAGGGAAGGUAGAGAUAGUAUGACCUCCUCUCACCCUAUUUCCCCCUCUUCCGGCUGACCUGUGACUUAAACUGCUCUUACAGUUAAUGCUUUGGAAUAAAUAGUGUGUGUGUGUGCUGCCCUGUCUGUCCCACAGGCAUCCUGGGGUGUGAGUGGGAUGGGACCGUGGCCCUGUUUAUAUUUUGGUCUUUAUGUUGGUGCUGCCGGGUCUCUGAGCUCCAGAGGUGGCCUCUUGUACAGAUCUACUGCUACAGGAAUAAAAGACACUCUGCCUUGCAAAUAGCCAUUUGUCAACAAGCCCAAAGAUGUUUGGUGGGGGAAGGUUAUGGAAGCCAUUAAUUCUUGGUCUUGGGAAAAGGUGGAAUGACAAGUUGUUGAUUGUUUUUUAGGUUGCUAUUUCUCGUACUCUUCUAGUGACUCAGAAACGCUAGUGAAGGACAUGUCUGGGAAGAAUAAUUUUCCAUGUGAUGAUCACAGACUAGCAUCCUUUAAACCCUGCAAUCCUCAGACUGACAGUGGUGGGGGUGAUGGCACCUGCAAUACAGCUGUGAUGAGCAAAUCCUUUCUAUUUUUAAAAUAGAUUACUGUAGUUUGGCCAGCAAUUUGACCUCAGUGGUAACAUAUUUAGUUAAUAAGCCAACCUUGCAACUAAGCAGCCAACGUUUACAAGCCCACUGACGUUUGAUACAAGGGACCUGUGAGCCUGUGGAGAGAUGUAGUGAUUUAAAUCCAGGUUAUUUAAUUUGGAUCAGCUGAGUGUAUUUUAUAACCAAACCAUCUGGCACCUUCAUUUUGCUGAGUGGAAGUAAAUGUUCAUUUAAGUGAAAUUGAAAGAGCAAUGUGGCAACAUAAAAAAGCUCUCUGUACUUUUUUCUCCACGCUGUCUCAAAGGUCCUUUGAGUUUGGGGUCAGCUUCCCACCCUCUACCUCAUGAGGGUGGGUGAGUGAAAGCAGAGGAGCAGGCUCCAUCCGCUGCAGACACGUGUGCUUCCCUGAGCACUAGCUGUGCCUCCCAUCAGUAAAAAAACUUUUAGUUCACUUUCUUAAUUGUAUAAUUAUUUAUUGUAAAUUAUAUACGUGUACUACUGUACUAAAAUAUUAUGUACAUUAUAAAACAUACACAAAAGUAGAAAUUUUAAAAAGAUGAGUUGAAAAUAAAUCUAAAGCAAAGUUCUUUUUUUUCUGCAUUCUAAUGGACCAUCAUAUUCCCUCCACAACCUCUGCCCCUAAUAUGUCCAUUUUCCAGGACUGUCCAAAUCCAGAGACUUGGAGGACUGCAGGUGAGAUGUGAUAAGUGGUUUGCGCCACCUGGUGGUCCUGGGAAGUGUCCGUGGGCUCAGGGACUCCUGGGGGCCGACCCUUGAGGACAGCGUCUCUUGAGGCUCCAUCCUCUCAUUCAGUGAAGGUGAACAGUGCUGCACACUGUGCUGGGUGCUGGGGAUACUGUGGUGAGAAAAGGAUUGACCAGAUCCCUGUCCACACGGGGCUCACAGUCUAGUGGGGAGGGGGACAGACAGUCACCAUUUCCAUUUGGGACUCUGGAAGGGCUGGGGAGACAAGCCAAAAAUGACCUGGCAGAGAGAAGAAAAAAGAAUUGGAGAAGUGGGGAAGACUGACUCAGGAAGCCACCCGAAUGUCCUAAGUGCUCCUGGGGGACAGGGUAGUAGCAGGAAAGUCACUUAACAGGGCUAUACCUCUUCCUGACAGGCCAUACUAAAGAUGCCCCAAAGGCAGAAUUUGAGAGGUGAGUAGAAAAGGGGCCUCUCUGGCCACACCUGCUCCUAGGUUCCAUUCACACCUGUGAAUGAAUAGGUGGCUGAUAUGAUGGGGAGUCAAGGAAACUGAUUAGGUUCUGGCCUUAGACUCUCAGCAGGUAACUUAGAAUCCAGAGCAGAUAAUGAAGGUACCAAAUGGGGUCAUGUGAAAGUCAAUGAGUUAAUCACGGGGCCAUUCAGAAUUACUUGGGGUUACAUAGAGGUAGACGGGCUCCCUGGGGGACAUGGAGGUGGUUUCUAAAAAUUUUGAAGGUAAAAACUUAGGGCCCUCAGAAGGGUCAAAUGAGGAUACUAAACUGGGUCAUGAGGAGGUCAGUGGGUUCACCAAGAGGUCAUUCAGAAUUACUUGGGGUCACAUAGAGGUCAAUAGGUUCACCAAGAGGUCAUCCAGAAUUACUUUGGGUUACAUAGAGGUCGGUGUGCUCACUGGAGUCAUGGAAGUGGUUUCUGAGUGAAAAUUUAGAAGGUAUUAGCAACUCAGGCCCUCAGAAGGGUCAAAUGAGGACAAUAAACUGGGUCAUGAAAAGGUCGAUGGGUUCACCAAAAGGUCAUUCAGAAUUACUCAGGGUCAUACAGAGAUCAUAAAUCACAUAGAGGAAUUACUGGCUCUCAGAAAAUUUUAGAGGCAAUAGCAAACUCAGAGCCGGUACAGGGAUCUGGAUGAGAUCAUCAGGGGCUAGAGAAGUCAGUGAUUUGCAGGUUUGUGUAGCAUUUAGUUCAUUAAUUUCCUUUUUUUCUUUGUAACAGGUACUUUUUCUCCCAGCAUCCCCACAUGAAUAUGUGUCUAGUUCUUUACUUUUCUCCAUCACUUCCCUUUCAUCCAGUUUUUGCCACUCUCUGUGUGACUCAAGAAUGCAAGGCACAGGAUAUGGUCAUCAUCAUCAUCAAAUUAGCCCUUAAUAGACAUCUAUCAUGUGCCAGAAGCAAUCCUGGGCGCUCUAUAUAAUCUCCACAGCAACCCUUUGAGGUAGGUAUUAGCAUCACCAUUUCCCAGCUGAGCCAAGUGCAGCCUAGAGAAGUCACACAGCUAGUGAGGGGCAGAGCUGGAAUUUGAACUAAGGCCCCGUUGAUACCUAAGCCCUUUCAACCCUAAGCCUCUCUGUCCUUCGCAUGUGUAGGUCUCUGAGCUGACUACACAUAUUCCGGGCUCAUUUGUGCACACACCCACACGUCAACCAUGGGAGCUCUUUGGAUAGCUGACUCCUUUGUGUCUGGUUGGAACCUAAUGGUUCCUGGUGAUGGGCAUUGGCUUAGUAACAUUAAUCAAUGAGGGGAAAGGCUCACCCUGGACACCAUCUGCCUUCUCCAUGCCUGAAAUCACGUACCCUUCAUCAGGGACUGCAAGUUUAGACAGGCCCUGGCUUUGAGGGGAUAUAAAAAAACCCAACACCCUGUGGGCUUACAAGCUGCAGCAGCUGUGGUCCUCCUGGCAGCUGAGGGUACCCAUUAUGCCACUUUUCAUGUCCACACAUUGCCUGUGACACGCCUGAGGCCCCAAGGGUCAUCUUGCCUCAGCUGCUUCAGUGCCAACCUCACAACCCUUCCCUCCUCACCCACCUAGGCCCAGAAACUCUUGCCUCAUUCUGGCCCCUGUAGCUCCAGGGCAGGAACUGGGCCAGGGCUCUGAGGCUGAGCUCGAAGCAGAGUAAUCUGUGUCAGCCCCUUGGCCAGGUUCCCCAGCAGCAGGGGGUGGUGGGUGGGGAGCUGGGGGACACCUUGUGAACGUUCUUAGAACAGGGAGGAGGGCUGGAGCCUGUCCUGGGAGUCGAAGGCAGGGAGAUUGAAGGGAGGGUCUCUUCUCCCAGGUACUGCUCUGGCCCUCUCCAACCUCCACACCAACAUCCAUCCAUCUCUAUCACAGGUCUUCAUCCUCUGUCUCCCUCCUCACCUGGGGGCUAGGCACACGCAGUCAAACAUUAGUUAUUUCUGAUUUUAUUUAUAAUAUAAAAAUGUUCAAGUGUCAACAGUCAGGUGUUUGGACAUUUCAAGGGGCAGGUUUCCCAUUUGCUUAGGAUUUUUUUUUUUUUUUAAACAAUUACCUUUUUGACAAAUUAGCAGUGGACCCAGUUUUGGAGGGUGGCGAGGUCAGGGCUGGAGAGGGAGUGGAAGUCAUGGGUGGGCUAGAGGCUGGGAGUUGGGCUGUGAGAAGGAAAUGGUGUUACUUUAUUGCUAAGAGGGGAAUCAAAUACACUGUCGAGUGGCUCUUCUCGGUCCCAGCGUGACCAUGCAUCCAAUCUAAAGAAUCUGAAAUGCAAAGGACAUGCAGGCAUAAAAUAGAAAAGACCUGUAAACGAAGGUGCUGCAGAGGACGGAGGGGCUUCCUGGAGGCCAUAGGGGAGGAGGAGCCACGAACACUGGGGCCCUGGCAGAGCUGCCCCCUCCCAGGGCCGAGGCUGUUGGGAAGACCUCUUUCUCAGUGCGCCCCUCCCUUAGCAGCUGUGAGGAUCGGGGAGGCCCCCUCCCCAUUCUGGUUGCUGUCGCUGGGCCUUAGUCUCCCCCUGGACGUUACCUGACCCCCAACUCUAGCUCCAAACCUAGGAUCCCCGCCCUCUCAGGGGGCCCAGGGCUCCAGAUCUUGCACUGGGGCAAAGCUACUCCGGACCUCAUGUCGUUCGUUGGGGCCCCCCAGCCUCACGCCCACCCGAACCCAAUCCCGCAGCCUCCUCUCUCCUGCUUUCUCUCACCACCACCUCCCAUGACCCCAGCCAGCUUGGGAUCCUACAUUCCCUCACCCCGCAACCUAGACUUCUCUCCAGGAGCUCCAGAUUAGCGUACAGCAAAAGGCACCACAAUAUAGGUUUCUAUUAAAGAGUCAAAAAAUUGGCCCAUCUCUCUUUUUUUUUGUUGUUUCUUUUUUUUUU